UGGGUAUUAACUGGUUUACGACUGCGGACAGACAGACGCAAAUAGGCCGGGUUUUAACUAAUAGGGCCUAGUUUAAAAUCCGUAUUUACUUGUUCAGUUUCAAUAUACCAUUAAAUUGCAUCUGUAGUUUUGCAAAAUAAUCGCAGCCUGAGACAAGCGAUCGGAGGUGAAUACAUCUGAAGAUAAAAAUAAGUAACUAAACCGGAUAGCUAGUUCAUGCUAGCUAAGUUACAUCGUUGGGCGCCAGUCUUUUCGUUUGCCGAGAUUGCUAGCUCUGCACGUUUCAUUGUUGUUGUUGUUAGCGACCGAGCUUGCUAACUGCUAAAUUUCAGCAUUACUUGCUAGCUACAGUUUUUAGCUACAAGAAAGCAACCAGGCAUGGCGGAAUUCCUCGAAGAUCCGUCGGUUCUCACGAAGGAUAAGCUCAAAAGUGAGCUCACGGCCAACAAUGUCCUUCUUCCCAGCUCCGAACAGAAGAAAGAUGUCUACGUUCAGUUGUACCUGAAGAACUUGACCGUUCUGAACAAAAAAUGUCCACCAUCUGUAGACACGUUCUCCAGUGAUGAAGAAUUGCCUGCCCCUGUAGUCUCCAACAAGAGCCGAUCUGGAAGAGUAAGUAAUGAAAUAUGAUGUUAUAAAUGGUUAUUACAGUGCUAUGAGUAUGAAUUGAUAUUGUAAUGUUAGUCAUAAUGCAUGAAAUCACUAGAUACCUGUGUUGUAAAAUGAUGUGAUGCCUUUCCAUGUGAUGUUAUUUCAGUUAAAUAUCCACUUCCUAUUUUCUUCCCUCCUACUCAUGCCUUGAAUUGGUUCUCUAAUGGAUGUUUGUUUACUAGAUAACGUUAUUUAAGUCAGAGAUAGGCUAGUCUUUGGUCUCUAUUAGAUAAGCUAAUUAACCAGUCUAUGUAUUGACACCCAUAAUCCAUCAAUAGAAAGCUACCAGGAAGACAGACAAGCCUCGCUCAGAAGAAGUGGAAGUCACAGACCUCACCGAUGCAAGUUUAAAAGAUGAGCUGUUGAAGCAUGGAGUCAACGCUGGGCCCAUAGUUGGUGAGUCCUGCUUAUAUCUCUCACUUGUCUAAGGUGUCCUCCUCUUCUUCAUCUGCACUGAUCUGAGAAGAGAAGUGAAGUGAAAGCGAAAUGGUAGAAGCCUACUGAGGAAUCUGCUUUCAACUCUUCAGUUCUUUCAAACCUGUGCAGAUGAAGGGAAGGAGGCGAGGAGAGAAAGCCACUUGAGACUAUUGAGGUGCGUGCACCAACAGACUCAGACAAACUGAGAGAUAUCUUUAACGACAGUUCACUUCAUCCCAAACUGGUUUCCCUUGCCUUUCCCUCAGGCUCCAACAGGAAGCUUUAUGAGAAGAAGCUUCAGAAGCUACUGGAUACACCUACAGCUGAGACUACUUCCAGCCCACCUGAAACUGCCAGAGUUACUGCUGCAGCCAAGGCAGAUGGCAACCAGAACGGCAACACACACUCUGGCCAGUACAGUGACAAGGAGGAAGGUGAGAGCAAUCAUCUUACCACUGCACAAGAACAUGCACCAUUAAUUAGGCAGCACACCUAAACAAAUAAUGUUAAUUCAGGGUUGGGAUCAAUUCCAUUUCAAUUUAGGAAGUAGGCCUAAACUGAAAAGCAAUGAGGGAAAUGUUCAUUUCAGUCUACUUCCUGAAUUGAAAUGGAAUGGAUCCUUUUUACUUUAUGAUGUUUGACUGUCAGUUUAGAUGCCUUGAUUCUCACUGACUCGUGUUCGCUUUACCUGUGCCAGAUGAGAUAGCUACUGCUCCUGAACCAGAGGCUGUUCCUGUUGUGGAGCAGCCUGUGAGGAUCGGAGGGAAGACUCCUGUCACUGUUAGGAACAGCAGCAGAUGGAGCAGUAAGGUAAGCCUUCAAGUUCAACUUUAUUUUCCAUAUAGAUACAUAAUACAUAAAUAAUAAUAAAAACAUCUUAAAACAUGCAAUGGAAAUCAGGGCUCUCACAUUAAAACUGCUUUCGUUUUCAACAGCAAGAAAGUUCAGCACAAAUAUGUACAAAUAACAUUAUCUUGCACCCAUAAACUCCAGCCUCUCAAUCAUCUGUUGUUAUUGUCAAUGUUCACAGCUACAGGUGGUGGAGGUGAACCUAGCAACUGGCGACCAGACCCCUAAGAAGACGAGGGAGAAUGUUGAAGAGAUUCUCGCUAAUGAGAUCCUUUCACCCACAGGCAUCAGGUAAGUCUGUUGACAUUUCACUUCAUCAGCAAAGUAGCCUUGAAGAAUGGUUGUUUUGUAUAGAAAGAUUAAAUAUCAUUUUGGAAAGGUAAUGCUCUUUCCAGUAGGCCUGGCACAAUUACUGUAUAACCGUGUAAUCCACAGUUAUAAAUGAAGACUGUCAUGAAAAUAAAAUAACCGUCAUAAUCUUUUUUUUUUUUUUAAAUGAACAAACAAACAGCUGACUGAAGUCUGGACGGCCGGACAUUAGUGUGGUUGAGUCCGUUUCUGCGGUAACAUGGACUCUUAACAACGUGAUUAAACUUUGUUUCUCCUUGCUGAAACAAGCAAGGUGUUGUAGCAAACAAGCACACAUAGAAAGGUGCCAGCAAGGUGCAGCAGCACACACAGAAAUAUAAUCUAUGGUAGUACAUGCAGUCAGGAGCAGAGGAGAGGAAUACAUUUGUGUAAUCUUGUAUUUUUUUUGCUGUACUAAAUCAAAAAUCAAAUUAAAUUUGAUUUGUCACAUACACGUGUUUAGCAGAUGUUAUUGCGGGUGUAGUGAAAUGCUUUUGCUUCUAGCUCCGACAGUGCAGUAAUAUCUAACAAGUAAUAUCUAACAAUUUCACAACAUAUAUACCCAAUACACACAAAUCUAGUAAAAUAAAAUGUAUGCACUCACUAACUGUAAGUCACUCUGGAUAAGAGCGUCUGCUAAAUUACUAAAAUGUAAAUGAAUGGAAUUCAAGAAUAUAUACAUAUAUGGACAAGCAAUGACAGAGCGGUAUUGACUAAGAUACAGUAGAAUAUUAUAGAAUAGAAUACAGUAUAUACAUAUGAGAUGAGUAGUGCAAGAUAUGUAAACAUUAUUAAAGUGACUAGUGUUCCAUUUCUUAAAGUGGCCAGUGAUUUCAAUAGGCAGCAGCAGCCUCUAAUGUGCUAGUGAUGGCUAUUUAACAGUCUGAUGGCCUUGAGAUAGAAGUUGUUUUUCAUUCUCUCGGUCCCAGCUUUGAUGCACCUGAACUGACCUCGCCUUCUGGAUGAUAGUGGGGUGAACAGGCAGUGGCUCGGGUGGUUGAUGUCCUUGAUGAUCUUUUUGGCCUUCCUGUGACAUCGGGUGCUGUAGGUGUCUUGGAGGACGGGUAGUUUGCCCCGGUAAUGCGUUCGGCAGACCGCACCACCCUCUGGAGAGCCCUGCGGUUGCGGGCGGUGCAGUUGCCAUACCAGGUGUUGAUACAGCCCGACAGGAUGCUCUCAAUUGUGCAUCUGUAAAAGUUUGUGAGGGUUUUAGGUGCCAAGCCACAUUUCUUUAGCCUCCUGAGGUUGGAAAGGCUCUGUUGCGCCUUCUUCACCACACUGUCUGCGUGGGUGCACCAUUUCAGUUUGUCAGUGAUGUGUACACCAAGGAACUUGUAGCUUUCCACCUUCUCCACUGCGGUCCCGUCGAUGUGGAUAGGGGGGUGCACCCUCUGCUGUUUCCUGAAGUCCACGAUCAUCUCCUUUGUUUUGUUGACGUUGAGUGAGGUUAUUUUCCUGGCACCAAACUCCCAGAGCCCUCACCUCCUCCCUGUAGGCGGUCUCGUCAUUUUUGGUAAUCAAGCCUACUACUGUUGUGUCGUCUGCAAACUUGAUGAUUGAGUUGGAGGCGUGCUUGGCCACGCAGUCAUGGGUGAACAGGGAGUACAGGAGGGGGCUGAGCACGGACCCUUGUGGAGCCCCAGUGUUGAGGAUCAACGAAGUGGAGAUGUCGUUUCCUACCUUCACCACCUGGGGGCAGCCCGUCAGGAAGUCCAGGACCCAGUUGCACAGGGCGGGGUUCAGACCCAGGGCCUCGAGUUUAAUGAUGAGCUUGGAGGGUACUAUGGUGUUGAAUGCUGAGCUAUAGUCAAUGAACAGCAUUCUUACAUAGGUAUUCCUCUUGUCCAGAUGGGAUAGGGCAGUGUGAUGUCGAUUGCAUCGUCUGUGGAUCUAUUGGGGCGGUAAGCAAAUUGAAGUGGGUCUAGGCUGACAGGUAAGGUAGAGGUGAUAUGAUCCUUGACUAGUCUCUCAAAGCACUUCAUGAUGACAGAGGAGAGUGCUACGGGGCGAUAGUCAUUUAGUUCAGUUACCUUUGCUUUCUUGGGUACAAGAACAAUGGUGGCCAUCUUGAAGCAUGUGGGAACAGCAGACUGGGAAAGGGAGAGAUUGAAUAUAUCCGUAAACACAACAGCCAGCUGGUCUGCGCGUGCUCUGAGGACACGGCUAGGGAUGGUUAUAUCGGAGACUGCGGUCAUUUGGCUGGCCUAUUUCCACCAUCCAAAAUUCCAUGACCUUCACAGCCCUACUGGUAUUUAAGGCAGUAGAUGUAAUUACUUUAGUCACUCACCUCAUCCUCUAAUUCCUCUCUCCCCAGCGCCAGCUGCAGGCGACCGAUUCGCGGCGCGGCGGGCCGACCGGUGAAACCCAGCGACUACUGGCUGAACGAGUCUCUCUUGGAGCGCUCCAUCUACACAGAGUCCUAUUCUGAAUGCAGCUCCUUGGGCUCAAACGCGCCGGCCAGGCCCGGCUUCCUCUCUGUCCUGCUGAAGCUCAUGGUGCUCAUCACUGUAGCCGGGUCCAUCUACUUCGCCAUUCAGCACCUCGAUGCUGAUCAGGUUCAGUCCUUCAAGGGUUUGCUAACCGACGCCAAGGGUCUCCUAAACAGCGCUAAGGGUCACCUGUGUAGCACGGUUGAUAAGGUGGUGGAUGCCGUGGUCGAUAAUGUGAUUGUGCCACUGGGUAUCGGGGGAGGCAGCAGCCAAAGUGCAGGAGCAGAGAGUGGCGGUAAGUAGGCAGUGCACCCUCUCCACCCUGCUCCCUUUGUUUUGGGUAUUUUUUACCGUUAUUUUACCAGGUUGUCCAAUUGAGGUCAGAACCCCGUUUAUUCAACAGACCACCUGGCCACUGCUCUGCCAUCCACACCUCACUAGCUCACCACACCCCCUCCAUCGCAUCCUCUGGUCACCACCAACAUCUUCACCUUUUUAUACAUGGUUACCCACCUUGAAGGACUGACUGACUGACUUUUAAUCUGGGCUGGUAGACUAUUACCCUGUCCCCUCCUUGUUCACUUUUCCUCACCCCUCACCCCACGUGAGGAGAGCAGGGGGGGUAUUCAACCCAACCAACACCAGCUUCCUGGAAAACCAACACUCUUGCCGAGACAGUCUGAAUAGACUUGUUUUUAUUAUGAAGUUGUUUUUAAUCAUAGUGUGAAGUGUAUUUUGUGUAUUCUUUGUGUGUGUAUUUUUCCCUUAUGCGUGUAAAUAGAACUCCCAUGUGAUAUAGAGAGGACAGACAAGUCGUAUGCAUGGUUGUAGUUUUUGAAGGACAUGUUUGUAGUUUUUGGAGUGUCUGUGGU